GUAUAUACGUCCCACCAGGUGAAGUAGAGCGAGAGAGAGAGAGAGAGAGAGAGAGAAGGAGGGGAAAAAUAUCUGCCUUGAGAUUCUAACAAGAUUCAAAGAUCACUUGCAACUUGCGAGGAGGAUUUCAUUUCAUCAUCUUGGCGGGUGAUGGAACCCGUAGUACAGCCACAUCUCGAUACUAUUGUCUGUCCCAAAGCAAUCCAUGGCUCAAGUUGCUGUGGUGACGACAGAGAAGAGCUCAUCACCAACAACAAGGUAGAGUCUCAUCAGAGCUGCUCCAGCGGAGAGGAUGAAGAUGAGAUAGUGAAGGAUGAAAAGAGGAGAUCUAAUGUGUCAGUGUGCUCAGUGGAAGUAGAUCUGGAGCUUGGUCUGCCUGAGAAACCGGUUCAUUUGUGGCAAGAUGAGAAAGAUUGCAGAAUUUGUCACAUGAGCUUGGAUUCAGUGAACCUUGAAUCUGGUGUUCCUAUUGAGCUUGGUUGUUCUUGCAAAGAUGAUCUCGCUGCUGCUCAUAAGCAUUGUGCUGAGACUUGGUUCAAGAUCAAAGGAAACACAAUAUGUGAAGUAUGCGGGUCCAUUGCUGGUAAUGUUGUUGGAACUGUUGAGCCGGAGACUGAGAAUAGUCGGAGUGAAGUAAAUGGUACAAUGGUUCAAGCUCUGAGAACAUCUGGUCCAAGAUUGGCAGAAGCUAGAACAAGCUUCUGGCAAGGUCAUCGGUUCUUGAAUUUCCUUUUAGCUUGUAUGGUCUUUGCCUUUGUGAUCUCAUGGCUCUUCCACUUCAACGUUCCCUCCACAUAGCAAAAACAGAGUUCAUCAUCAUAAAAAAGGUAAGAGAAGUAAAAGGGUUAAAAGCCGUUAGUCAGAUCUCGCAAAAGUACAUCCCUCUUGUGCCUUGUUACACUUUUAAGUUCAAUGAAGUUUAGAGAGGAGGAAGAGCAAGUCUAGGAGAGCAAGUGAUGUCGAUUUUGCGGUUACUAUUUUCCAUCUAAAACUGUUUUGUGGUUGACGAUAAUGUAUAUAGAGCUCUAGUCACUCUAAAACUUAAUGCAAGUGCAGUGUUGCGAAGUCUCUUUUCUCAUUUCAUUGCAUUAAUGAGAAAUCUGAUCAGUUUACAUUGCA